CAACUCUUCAACUUUCGUUGCCUCACUUGCAACACUUAUUGAAGGUGAUUUCCCGCAUUCAGGGUCGUAUUAUAUCAUCUACCGAUUUCUUUCUUUGAGAUUGAUUCACUCAAUACGCCUCCGAAAUGGAUCCGGAUUUGAAAUGGCAUCCAUUGCCCACAUUUCCACAUCUCCCGGCUCUCAUGAUUUCACCGCGUUUCGCUUCUUCAUCAUAUACCUUUUACGUCACCGAUCUUGCUAGCAUAUGGGUAGAGAGUCUUGACCGGAAAGGUAUACUCUUACGGAGCUUGCAAGAGAAUACGAGCAUUGACUUAAGCGACGGCGAUCCCAAUCAAUGGUCUGUUUUUCUCUCCAAGCUUAACACUGCCUUCGAUCCUGCGCUACGGGAAGAGGAACAGGAUAGCACUAGUAUCAGUAUAUCUACGUUGUCAUCAGAUACCCAGGAUAAGGGUAAAAUCGCUCUCCACGUUACAUGUGUACUACCAGAGCCACUUAAGCCGCUUAAGUGGCCUAUCUACUUGACAAAGUGCCCUCCUGCCAGCAUCGCCUCGGAACUUGUUUUACCUCUCAUCCAAACACACCAUGCACGCACGUUAGAGAUGCAGGAUCUCAUAAUGCGGCUCAAGGACAAGGAUUCUGUCAUCACGAAAUUAGUUGACAAGUUGGAAGCCAAUCAAAUUGGACUAGAGCAUGUCUUCAACUCACUAUCUGGGAAGCGAAAACCUUCCCGCGCGUUGGCUGAAGAAAAGGUCAAAGGUCUCGCACCGUUUAAUGAAUCUGACUGGGAAUCGGGUGUCGCCGCGAGCCGGCAACUUCCUCAAGAUAUAUCAUCCCUGAUUCAAGUGAAGUUUGCAGAGACAAGAUUAUACCAUGGCAUAAACACCGAGAUGUCCUCUUCCAACCAACUUGAUGACUGGUGGACCAAGCUUGGGUCUCACGCCAUUACUGCCAUCAAACCCCAGAAAGAGUUACCGAACAGAUCCCAGGACAAGCCUUCGCAGGAUGCCAAGAAAACCAAAGAGAAAGACGACGAUGACUUCCAGAUUCAGACUCUCCCUCCUAAUCUGCAGUCGCGUAGGCGAGAACUCGGUUUGUUGAAAUCAAAUGAAGAUACCACGAAUGGUGACGAUAGCCUAGUAGAAACCUCCCAUAGCCAUCUUGUUUCAUCACAGGAGAAACCACGUUCCCGAAUUGGUGCCGUCGGUGGAAAGAGUAAGGCUAUAGAUAAUUCCUUAAGCCAAUCUUCUCACACUAUCCAUGCAGAUGACGACGAAACGCCAUCUGAGUCUGACACGGAACCGGUACUACCACAGCCCCAAACACGGCCAAACACUCGCUUAGGAAAUAUUGGAAAAUCUAAGGAGCCUUCAUCCCCUCUAACGAAGCCUCCUUCAGCAAAAACCUCGUCACCUUUGCCUCCACCUAGGGAUGACGAUGAAACACCAUCCGGCUCUGACCUUGAAGAUGAUGAUCAAGGGCCGCCUGUUUCUCGGUCCUCUCCACAAGCACCUGCGCCGUCCCCGCGAAAAAAGGCUGGACUAGGAUGCAUAGGUGGCAAAUCGAAACCCCGAGUAACCCCUGAGCCGUCUGAAGAGCCGAACAUGACAGCUUCCAAAGCGGGUGGCCCCGAAAUCGUUUCAAGUCCGGCCAAGUCCGGGGGACGAAAAAUUGGAACCAUUGGAAAGAAACCUGCAACAGAUGGGAAACGACAGCGAUCAGGAUCACCGUCAACAGCAACAGCAACAGUAGUCGAACCCGAGACUGAGGAGCAGAAGACAGGACGCAGGCGAGCCGAGCUAGCUAAGGAACUUGAACGCAAGGCGGCGGCUCCAACGAAGAAGAAAAGAAGGUUUUGAUUCAUAUUUAGGGAUCAAACUCUUGGCGUUCGUAUUGAUACC